UCUCAGUCUGCUUUGUUUCUUCACUCAUGCGUCGAACAAGUCCAUUGUUGCCAUGGCUUGCAGCCAUUGUGGCUGCCACCGCUUCUCUGCGAGCCUUUUUGCUUCCAUCUGUGGCAACCGAGGAAUGGCGCAAGGGUCCCGGCGUCUCAGCAGAUCAGCGCUGGAACUUUUGGCCCGCCUUGCCCAUCGCACCCUACGAGCGCCGCCUCACCAAACGCUACGAAGUGGUACCAGGUGAGCUGUGGACCUUCGAGCAAAAGCAAGGCAUUCUAUACAUCCACGUGCCGAUUCGCAUGACCGUCUAUCGGAUGACCACCCAGCGGGGCCUUUUCGUGUACGCGCCAGUUGCCCCGACACCCGAAUGUCUUCGUCUUCUUCGAGAAUUGGAAGAGGAACAUGGGGAAGUCCUUCACAUUGUUCUCCCGACCGUGGCAGUGGAGCAUAAGUACUUCGUGGGGCCUUUCUCGCAGAAUUUUCCCAAGGCCCAGGUUUGGGUAUGCCCUGGCCAAUUUUCGGUGCCUUUGCAGCUCCCCUUGCAGCUUUUGGGCUUCCCUGGCAAUGUGAAGACGCUCAGUUCUGAUAGCCUUCCAAAGGAAUGGCAAGAUGAAGGGCUCGACUUUCGCGUGCUGGGUCCAGUUGGCAAAGAUUUAAGCAACGGGCCUUUUGCAGAAGUGGCCUUCUACAUUCGUCGGCUCCGAACCAUGCUUGUGACCGACCUGGUGGUCUCUGUGCCAGACCAAGCUCCUGAAAUCGUGGCUGAGGAGCCACGAGCUCUUGCCUUCCAUGCUCGGGAUGAUGCCUUAUCACCUCUUGAGACUACACCAGAGGCAUUGCUUAGGGGUUGGCGUCGGAUGGCCUUGUUCGCCCUGUUUUUCCAAUCUUCUGCCAUUGAUCCUGAGCCUGUGUCCAAAGCAGUGGGUGAUGCCUGGAACUCCGAAGCCAAGGAUUUGGGCUGGGGUGGGCUCCUCCCAUGGCGUUUCCGCAGCGACUGGAAGAAGUCCUUCGAUGCCUUGAGAGGUGGCGGCUUGUUCGUUGCACCCAUCCUAUCCGAGUUGAUCCUCAAUCGAUACUUAACGUCGGAUGUUUGGCCCUUUGUGGAGGACACAGUAAGAUCUUGGCCCGACAUGGAGCGAAUCAUCCCCGCUCACUUCGAUGCGCCUGUGGCUGCCACGGCACAGGACUGGCGUGAUGCUUUUUGCCGUGCUUUCGGAGAACCGAGCGACUCUCCAUUUUCACAGAUUUCCGGCUGGGGCCCUGCUUGGGUAGCCGGGCAGGAGUGUCCCACGGAUGUGUGCGAUCAAUGCUGCGUGAAUCGGAGCAGCUACAACUGCUCAUAUCCAGGUCUUGAACAUCUCAGACCGGGGAAGUACCAGGGCUUGACGGCCAAUUAUUUGUCCUACGCGACCGAGACCUCAUCGCCCAGCUUCAUCCCCCGAGCCCGUGAAUUCGAGGAAUGCACCGGAGGAAAGAUCAGCUUUUCAGAAGCCAGCAACAUUUGGGAAGAUCCCAUUCGGGAUCUUGGUCAUGAGGAAAAGGAUGGGUUGGGGAUCUACCAUGCGUACUUUAUGAGCUACUCACACUUUCCUGAAGCUAGUUCCUUGGAUAUGGCGGAAAGCCUCAGCGGGCGUGUGGAGCUGUACAACACACAUUUGAAGUGGGAAAACAUCUUCCCCAAGGUACAGGAAAUGGGCAGAUACAGGAGAAACGGUACUAAAGACCUACAAUUCCUGAUGUAUGAUGGUGACUUCUUCGUCCCCCUGAUUCGUUUGGAUCUCUUAGAACGAGAUCACUUACCUCUGCCCAACACCUGGGAGGAGGUCAUGGACUUAGCUGAGAGAUAUAGCAACACGGACCUCAAUGAUGACGGGGAGCCAGACUUUGGCAUUUGCCAUUUUCCACGUGAAGGUGCUGGCCACUUUGAUUGGUGGUGGGCUGAGCUGAUCUAUGGCAUUUGGGCAACCUACUCCCAAGUCCAGGACACCACGCAGGGUUUUCUGUUCGAUCCCCGCACGCUGGAGCCAAACAUCAAUGGUCCUGCCUUUGCUGAAGCCAUCAAACACAUGAGAACCAUGUGGCAGUUGGGAGCAGAUGGAUGCAUCAGCGAUUACUUCAGCACAGGACGCUGUGCCAUCGGCUUUUCACCUCCAGGGUGCUGGAAAGGUGUCUUCAAGAAUGGCAUUGCCCGGAAGCAUGAGAAUGGCACAGUGCUGUGGCAGCCAAAGAUGCAAAAUGGGAGCUAUGCAGAACCCUACAGGUUCAAGCCCUUCGGCACCACCAAGGUCGAGGUCGACGGUAUUUUGCAGGAAUGCACAGCCUUUCUCUGCCCAUUUGCCGAGAGAAUUCCUGAGAGAGGUCACCAUGGUGACAAUGAUCGCGCCGCGGUGCUGCCCGUGUCACCAUUGGCUGGUCAGCUGAUCAACCGUGCUCCCUUCUUCUGGAGUGGAGGUCUUGGGAUCAUGAUCCGCAAGACAGCUCCAGAGCAGAUCAAGGACAUGAUGUGGGACUUCAUGGUCUACACCAAUAGUGCAGUGACUUCAGCCAAGGAUGUUGCCUCGUAUGUCAGCUGGUUGGAUGCUUGGCGCACCACCCAGCUGCCAGAAGAUGGUCAACUCUUUCGUGAAGCUGGCUGGUCUGAGGCUGCAUAUCGAGAGCACCGGAACAUUAUGACGUGGGCUCUUGGGGAGAACUCCAAUGGCGCGUUUAAUAUUCGCUUGCCAGGUGCCAAAGCCUACACCCAUCUGGUCCUCGCCACGGAGAUGCGGAAAUUCUUCGCUGGGACCAUCUCGGAGGCCGAGGCCGUGCGACGU